AUGACACUGCAAAUUCCUCCUCUCAAAAAGCUGCUCUGUGUACAAAACCCAGGCGACAACUUCAAGAUCACGUUACGGGAUGGUAUAGCCAUCGGCGAACCAGGACCUGGUGAGAUCCUCGUUAAGCUAAACUGCACCGGAAUCUGCCACUCAGAAGUCCGCGCUGGGCUGGGCUGGGGCACCUACAACUCCAUCAUCGGCCACGAAGGUAUCGGGACAGUCGUCCAGGCCGGCUCCAAUGCCUUCCCAAUACCCCUCAAUCAGCGUGGGAGUAAAAUGGCUUUACAAAGCCUGCACCGAGGCUACACGCAAGCCUGCGCAAAGCAGCUCAGCACAGGCCGCGAUGUCCCUGGAACGCUGCAGCAGUACUACGUUGUCGCCGAUGCCAGGUUCGUCACAAGGAUCCCGGACAGACUACCCGAUGAGGUUGCGGCACCACUCCUCUGCGCAGGAUUGACCAUGGCCAACGCUCUUGCUCCCCUGGAGAAUGAACCACGACCCGGUAACUGGAUCGCGAUCUCCGGGUCUGGCGGUGGACUCGGGCAUACCGGUGUGCAGCUUGCAGCCAGAGCGAGGAAGCUCCGUGUCAUUGCUAUAGAUAGAGAGGCAAAGAGGGAGCUCAGUUUCAAGUCUGGCGCUGAGGCGUUCAUUGACUUCAAGGCGGAAGAUGUUGCAGCGCGAGUGCUUGAGUUGACUGGCGGAGGUGCGCAUGCGACUAUUGUUGUGCCGGGUGAGAAGGAGGCAUUCAAGACUGCGCCGGCUUUAGUUAGGAAUAUGGGGCAUAUAUUAACGACGGUCUCCUAA